GUCACUGUCCGGGGUUUCCUAGCGAAGUGAACCCUACGGCGUCAUGGCGCAGGCCGGUUGUCGGAAGAACCUGGAAUGAAAUGCCAGCUCUUUUUGUUUGUUAUUUUACUGUCUGGAUUGACCAUCAAGCACGGGACUUCAACGCACAGCUCAGCGCAAAGAGGGUUUGCCUCUUUUCCCCCCCCAAGGUGUGGAGGAAACGGCAAUCCAAAAGCUCUACUGAAGUGGGUCGUUACGGGCUGCUCUCCCAAACUGGGAGAUCGCUAGCCAGCUAACGCAAGACAGCGUUAGCUAUCCGAAGCUGUUAUCACACUAAUUGUUGUUCGUAUAAAAGGAAUAAAGUGUGGACCCGACAGUUGGACUUUGACAGCGGUUUCAUCAGAGGAGCUAAGCUAAAACAAGUUUAAUCACGUUGAACACACUAUUAGAGGUGCUUUGGUGGAAGUCUACAUUCUAGACUUCACGAUGGCAGGACGCAGUGAGGAUGAAAGUGUAAGCAACAGCAGUGGGGAAUCAAGCAAUUCUGAUGAUGAAUCUGGUUCUGGAUCAGCAUCUGGAUCUGGCUCAGGUUCCAGUUCAAGCUCCUCAAGCAGCAGCAGUCAGUCAGGGAGCAGCGACUCAGGAAGUGGCUCAGACUCUGGCAGCCAGUCGGAUUCAGAGACAGAAAAAUCCAAGGAAAAGAUUGACCCUCCAAACAAGUCAAACAUUGAUGGCGCUGAGUUUUGGAAGUCCAACCCAAGUAUCUUAGCAGUCCAACGAUCUGCUAUGCUCAGGAAACAGCAGCUCCAGCAGCAACAGAGACAAAGCUCCUCAAAUAGUGGUUCUGAUGAGGACUCAUCAAGUAGUGAUGACUCAGACUCCUCAAGUGGAUCCAAAAGGAGAAGAAAUUCUGGCUCUUCGGAUUCUGGAUCGGGUUCUGGAUCAGGAAGCGGCUCUGGAUCAGACUCAUCUGCUGAUAACAACAGUGAUGAAACCGUUUCAGACUACGAGCCCAGUCAAACGACGAAAAGCAGAAAGCCUCCAACUAAGAUGAAUUUUCGAAAUGGCAAGAAGAGCAGCUCUCUGAAAAAGAAAGCCCAGAAAUGUUCGUCUUCUGAGGACGAGGAUGAUAACUACAAGAAGGUUGUCGCUGCUGGUCCACGGCGGCAGGCCACUGUCAACAUCAGCUAUAAGGAAGAUGAGGAACUGAAAACGGAUUCAGAUGACCUCGUGGAAGUUCUCGGUGAGGAUGUUCCUCAACCUGAGGAAGAUGAGUUUGAAACACUUGAGAGAGUGAUGGAUAGCAGAAUCGGAAGGAAAAGAGCCGUGGGAAGUGUGACUACGGUAUAUGCUGUCGAAGCGGAUGGAGACCCAAAUGCCAACUUUAACCCCAAUAAGGAGGCAGGGGAAAUCCAGUACCUAAUAAAGUGGAAGAAUUGGGCGCAUAUUCACAACACUUGGGAAACAGAAGAGACCCUUAAGGUGCAAAAUGUCAGAGGUAUGAAGAAGCUGGACAAUUUUAAGAAGAAGGAUGGGGAGAAAAAGAAAUGGUUGAAGACAGCAUCACCCGAAGAUGUUGAGUAUUUCAAUUGUCAGGAAGAACUCAUCGAUGACCUGCACUCUCAGUACCAACUUGUGGAGAGGAUCAUAGGCCAUUCUAACCAAAAGUCAGCUGCUGGUUUUCCGGACUACCUGUGCAAGUGGCAGGGUUUGCCCUACUCAGAAUGUAGCUGGGAAGAUGGAGCCCUGAUUGCCAAGAAGUUUCAAAAAUGUAUUGAUGAUUACAUGAGCAGAAACCAAUCAAAGACCAUUCCAUCCAGAGAUUGCAAGGUGCUGAAACAGAGACCAAGGUUUGCUCCAAUGAAAAAGCAGCCACAUUACAUAGGAGGUGAUGGACUAGAGCUCAGAGACUAUCAGUUGGACAGUUUAAACUGGAUGGCGCACUCGUGGUGCAAAGGCAACAGCUGCAUCCUUGCUGAUGAGAUGGGUUUGGGGAAGACCAUUCAGACCAUCUCUUUCCUCAACUAUAUGUUUAACGAGCACCAGCUAUACGGGCCCUUCUUGUUGGUUGUACCCCUUUCUACAUUAACCUCGUGGCAGAGAGAAAUCCAGUUGUGGGCUCCUCAGAUGAAUAUUGUUGUCUACCUUGGGGACAUAAGCAGUAGGAAUAUGAUCAGGACACACGAGUGGAUGCAUGUUCAUUCCAAGAGGCUGAAAUUCAACAUCCUCCUCACUACGUAUGAGAUUCUUCUGAAGGACAAGUUUUUUUUGGGCAAUGUUAACUGGGCUUUCAUCGGUGUGGACGAGGCACAUCGACUGAAGAAUGAUGACUCCCUCCUCUACAAGACUAUGAUUGACUUCAAGUCCAAUCACAGGCUCCUGAUCACAGGAACACCACUGCAAAAUUCCCUCAAAGAGCUCUGGUCCCUGCUGCAUUUCAUUAUGCCUGAAAAGUUUCACUCGUGGGAGAUGUUUGAGGAGGAACAUGGUAAAGGACGGGAUUCUGGCUACACCAGUCUGCACAAAGAACUGGAACCUUUUCUUCUACGCAGAGUCAAGAAGGAUGUGGAGAAAUCUCUCCCAGCCAAAGUAGAGCAGAUCCUCAGAGUGGAAAUGAGCGCUAUCCAGAAACAGUAUUACAAAUGGAUCCUGACCAGGAACUACAAGGCUCUCAGUAAAGGUAUCAAAGGAAGCACAUCGGGUUUCCUAAACAUCAUGAUGGAGUUGAAGAAGUGCUGUAACCACUGUUACCUGAUCAAACCUCCUGAGGACCACGAAUUCCUGAACAGAGCUGAAGCAUUACAGCAACUUAUCCGCAGCAGUGGGAAACUGAUUUUAUUGGACAAAUUGCUGGUUCGUUUGAAAGAGCGAGGUCACAGAGUUCUCAUCUUCUCCCAAAUGGUUCGGAUGCUGGAUAUCCUGGCUGAGUACCUUCGAAGCCGACAGUUCCUCUUUCAGCGAUUAGAUGGCUCCAUCAAGGGUGAGAUGAGGAAGCAAGCAUUGGAUCAUUUUAAUGCUGAUGGUUCAGAGGAUUUCUGUUUCCUGUUAUCCACACGUGCUGGUGGCCUCGGUAUCAAUUUGGCUUCAGCUGACACAGUUGUCAUCUUUGACUCAGACUGGAACCCCCAAAAUGAUCUUCAAGCCCAGGCCAGAGCCCACAGGAUUGGACAAAAGAGACAAGUGAACAUCUAUCGUUUGGUGACGAAGGGCUCUGUAGAAGAGGAAAUAAUAGAAAGAGCAAAGAAGAAGAUGGUGUUGGAUCACCUUGUCAUUCAGAGAAUGGACACAACGGGAAAAACUGUCCUCCACACUGGCACUGCUCCCUCAAGUUCAGCACCAUUCAACAAGGAAGAGUUGUCUGCAAUCCUGAAAUUUGGUGCUGAGGAGCUUUUCAAAGAGCCAGAAGGCGAAGAGCAGGAGCCUCAGGAAAUGGAUAUUGACGAGAUUCUCAAAAGAGCUGAGACUAGAGAAAAUGAUCCCGGACCCUCCACAGUGGGAGAAGAACUGCUGUCUCAGUUUAAGGUUGCAAACUUCACCAUGAUGGAAGAAGAGGAAAUAGACAUGGACUCCGAGCGCAGCCAGCGCAGUUGGGAUGACAUCAUCCCUGAGGAGCAAAGGAGGAGGAUGGAGGAGGAGGCGCGUCAGAAGGAGCUCGAGGAAAUCUACAUGCUGCCGCGGAUGAGGAAUUGUGCCAAACAGAUAAGCUUUAAUGCUAAUGAGGGCAGAAGACAGGGCAGGAGCAGGAGAUACUCAGGGUCCGACAGCGACUCCCACUCGGAUCGAAAGAGGCCAAAGAAACGCGGUCGGCCUCGGACCAUUCCACGGGAAAAUAUCAAGGGCUUCAGCGACGCUGAGAUUCGGAGGUUUGUCAAAAGUUACAAGAAAUUUGGGGGACCGCUGGAACGGUUGGAUGCUAUUGCUCGUGAUGCCGAACUUGUGGACAAGUCUGAACAUGACCUGAAACGCCUGGCUGAAACGGUUCACAACGGCUGUGUGAGAACAUUACGAGAAAACCCCUGUGGACCUGAAAAAACGUCAGGGGGCAGAAGAGGCAAGGUAAAAGGGCCCACAUUCAGGAUCUCUGGUGUUCAAGUCAACGCCAAGCUUGUUAUUUCUCAUGAGGAAGAACUCGCUCCACUUCACAAGGCCAUCCCUGCCGACCCAGAGGAGAGAAAAAAGUACAUGAUUCCAUGCCACUCUAAGGCUGCACACUUUGACCUCGAGUGGGGGAAAGAGGAUGACUCCAGCCUGCUAAUAGGAAUCUAUGAGUACGGUUAUGGCAGUUGGGAGAUGAUCAAAAUGGACCCAGACCUCAAUCUCACACACAAACUCCUACCAGAUGACCCUGAUAAGAAACCCCAAGCCAAGCAGCUCCAGACCAGAGCAGACUACCUCAUUAAGUUACUGAGCAAGGACCUUGCCAAAAAAGAAGCUCAGAAACAAGCAGGCUCAGUCAAUUCUCGAAAGAGGAAGCCAAGAUCCAAAAAGAGAGAAACUAUGAAGUCAACUCCGAUAGAUGAGAUGAUGAAGAGUGCAUCCUCAGAUCCUCCAUCGGACAAAAGAUCGGAUGAUGAGGAUGAAAUCGAGGAGGAAAAGGAGGAGAUGCCCGUGAAGGCUCCGAGCGGACGAAGCAGAACAGACAGAGAGACCGUAAAGGAAGAGAAUCAGGAGGAGGAGGAAGAUGAGGAGGAGGAGGAGGAGGAAGAAGAGGAUGAGGCUCAACAGGAUGAUGGCUCUUCAUCUGGUGAGAGGGAGUAUAAAGAGGAGCUAAAGAAAGACUGUAAAAAGGAGAAAAAGGAGGACAGUUGGGACAGUAAAGACAACAAGGAGUCAAAAGAGAGAAAAGAAGUUAAACCUUUGGAAGCAGUCCAUAAACAAGAGGACAACAUGGAAAAGACUGAAAGCAAAGCCGAGGUCAGAGAACGGCUAAAGAAAGCACCUGAUGUGCCAGUCCACAUAACAGCAAGUGGAGAGAAUGUUCCAUUGUCUGAGGAGUCUGAAGAACUGGACCAGAAAACCUUCAGCGUGUGUAAAGAGAGAAUGCGGCCGGUGAAAGCAGCACUUAAGCAGCUGGACCGACCGGAGAAGGGUCUCUCUGAGCGUGAGCAGCUCGAACACACCAGGCAAUGUCUCAUCAAGAUUGGAGACCACAUCACGGAGUGUCUCAAGGAGUAUUCCAAUCCUGACCUCAUCAAACAAUGGCGAAAAAACCUGUGGAUAUUUGUUUCAAAAUUCACCGAGUUUGACGCCAGGAAAUUGCAUAAAUUAUAUAAGCAUGCCAUCAAGAAAAGACAAGAGAACGCUCAGGCCAUGGAGCAGAACACAAGGAGUGCAAACACAAUCGGUUUUAAACACACAGAUAUCGAACGGCUGAGGGACAACUCUCACCAGGAUGACAGCAGUCGAGACAGUUAUAGCUCAGACAGGCAUCAGCCAUCGGCGCGUUAUCAUGACAGCAGCAAGGAGAAACACAGCUCAGAGGCCCCCAGGAAAACUGCAGAAUCCAGAAAAAGGCCCUACUCCUCAUUCAGCAACGGCAAAGACCACCGAGACCACUACCGACCGGACAGCAGGGAUCGAGACAGACAGGACAGACAUUACAGCGAUGGUAAGCAAAGGAAGCUGGAGGAGUUACGCUCCAGCAAAGACCACCGGCCGGACCUGAAGGAUCUCUCCCAUUCGGACCACCGCUCGUCUUACCGCUACCACUCAGACUGGCAGACGGAGCAGCGGGCCUCGGCAAGUGGGCCCCGUUCUCCCCGCGACCAGCCCUCGCCCUACGACUCCCGCUCGCCGCUGGGCCACCGCUCUCCUUUCGACUAUUCGUCCGACCACAAGAGCACACCGGAGCAGAUCUGGAGCGGCCGCAAGACAUAACGGCAGCUGCCCGGGCCUGCUCGUAGCGGCCAUGAACUCGCUAACAACAGCCCACGCCUUAGAGGAAAGCUGUAGAAAGCACUGUGCCACGACUGGAGACGAACGCUAAGCAGCGCCUCAAACCAGGCAUCAAGGAAAACAAAAUCAUAGCAUAUUUUUGUAUUUAAGAGUUAAAUGCUGCACGCAGCACACUUUUUGUUAUUUUUAUAAAGAAGUUUUUUUGUUUUUUUUAACUUUUAUUUUAACCUUUGGACAGAAUAAGACCCUGAGCGCUGCCUCAUACUCCCACCGACCCAUGACACUGGAUCCUGUGUUUUGACUGUUGUUCAUGUCCGUCUGUCAUGAUCAUGUCCAACGUGAUUAUCUUAUUUAAGUGUUAAGUCAGUCGAACCGUCAGCUGUCACAUGAAUCAUGUUGCAAGCUGAUGUCAAGACCAGUCUGGGCUCGGGCUCAUCACCUGACGUACCUCAUUUACAUACCUUCUCAUUUGUUUGUGUGAGAAUUAUUUAAGAAGAACAGAUUUUAGCUGUAAAAAAAACAAAACAAAACAAAAAAAUUUUGCUUUCUACAUUUUGUGAGCAAUUUUUCCCUUCCAUCAUGAUUUUGUAAAUUUAUGUAAAAUAGUAAAUCGGUGGUCUUUUUCCUCAGGCUUUUUGGAUUUAUUCAGACUUUUCUUUAUCAACUCAGGCUUUUUUUGUUCUUCAAGUGAGUCUCUGUAUAAUAGGUCUUUCAUUAUAAUGCUUUCAGAAUGUAACUUUUGGUAAAGGGAAAGGUUUUGCCGAGUUUGUUUUGAGUUUUUUUUUUUUGUUAAAAUCAGUGACUUUUGAAAAUCAGUCGAAAAAGACCUGCUUAGAUAUUUUCCGCAACUGUUUUUUUUUUUUCGACGUAGGCAAUAAUAAUGUCAAUGUUCUAUGCAGCCAAGUAUAUUUGUGGUGAACCACCCAACUGAAUGAAGUCACUGUUAACGGUUCACUCUGUUGUACAUAACUUUCCUCUAUAUUUCAGAAUCAAUUUACACUGAGAGUGCAUGGAUUUUUAUGAACUGUUUUUAUAUAGUUGUUUAUGAAGCCAUUAAAAUCAAUCACUGUACUCCCUUGGA